AUGGACGAAAUUCGCAAUUUGACAGUUAGAGAUGUCUCUAUUUUCAACGAGUACAUGUCAGUUUUUAUUCCUAAACGCAAAAAUGAUCAGUAUAGAGAAGGGCAUACGUCCUUUCUAGCUAGGUCUCAUAAGGCUACUUGCCCAGUUUCUAUCACCGAAAGGUUACUUAAGCUUUUCCCUUCAACUUGUGAGUCAUCUUCGCCCCUCGUUAGGCGAAUCGUUAAAACUAAGUCUAGGGAGUGUUUUCAUGCUUCUAGAGGAGUUUCAUAUUCAACGCUAAGAGAUGAAUUUAAGAAAUUUGUUAAACCAUUUGUAGGUGACAUUGCUCUUUACGGCACGCACAGUAUAAAGUCUGGUGCCGCCUCAAAUCCUGCUUGUCGGAGUGUUUCCGCUGAUCUGCUAGAUAUGCAUGCUGCUGGCUGGAAAUGUGCCACUUCAAAGAACAGAUACAUU